CACGCGAUCGAGCUGCUGUGAUACUGUGUCUGAUCCCUGCCUCUAACCUGCCCACUGUGGAUCCCCAGAGCUUCCCUCUCUCCCUCUCUGCCUUCCGUCUCGGACAGCCCUCCUGGGCUGUGCUGUAUCUGAGUAAUGGAGGCUGUGACCGGGUGUGUCCCCGUUCAAAGUGCAGACCGUGUGUUUGUUCGUCAGGUUCUCCUGCACACCUUCUGCUCUGCUGUCUGACUCCUCUCUCCCUCCCUCCCUCCCUCUGUCGUUCCCUCUCUCUCUCACUCUCUCUGAAGAUAACAGAGCCCUUUCACUUUCAACGCUUCUGACACGUUGAUGUGUGUGUGUCUGACCGUCUGCUUGUAGCCUCACAGGCAAGGAUUGGCCUCCAAGUUGCUGACGAAGGGUUCUGGCCCGAAACAUUUCCACGGAUGCCGUCCGACCUGCUGAGUUCCUCCAGCGUGUUGUGAACAGGAAGCUACGCCGAUGCCAAAAGUUGUGGAAGCCCCUGGGCCCGACUGCCACCGGAACAUCGAUGACACAGAGUGACUAUAAACCAGUGGAGACGCCCAAUCCCAGAGCGGUGAGCGGAGAACCGGAGGAGAACGCGAGGGGAGGACAUCAUGUCCAGACUGAGCAGGAGCAGAGGUUGCUGAUGUCAGAGGUCAGGUCAAGUGGGGACGAUGACCCCGGGCCAGGGUUAGUGCGUUGGAGCUGGAAAGAACCUGCCAGCAGUGAGGAGAGGGAGAUCGAGAGGGGAGCGCCUGUGAGCGAUGGGGGGGCCGGUCAGCCCCAGUACCCUCUGCUUCGCCCAGCACGGAUCCGAUCCAUGAUCCACUCCCGCCCUUCCUUCCGGAGGCACAGCUGGGAGCCAGGCCGCGUCCUAAAGCUGGAGGCCGAGGGCGAGGAGGAGCACAGUGUCAGCCUGGAGGACCUGGAGGGUGGGAGUGUGGACACCCCUCGGCUGCUGGGAUGGGUAAGGCACCGGACGCAUGACCCCCGCCGUUUUCCCAUCACCAUCAGCACUGGCGAGCUGGACACCUGGCUGGCGAUGACCGAGGAGGAGCCUGAGGAGGAGGAGUGGAUGGGACUCGGCCAGCAGCAGCACAUCAUUUCUGGGAAUGAUUGCUCCCUGGACGGGUCAUCCUUUCACCAAGGGAGACCGGAUGAAGAGACCACGUCCUACAGAGACGGCCACAGGAGAGGCAGCCAGCAGGAGCCUGGGGAGUGGCACGAUCUGGAAGCCAGCAGCGGACACAAGAUUCACCAUACCUUCAGCUUCCUGAGGCGGAUGGCUGGCAUGACCAAGAACAAGGAGCGAGAGAAGCAGAAGGAACGAGAGAAGGAGGCGAAGGAGCGGGAGACCAGGAUCACUAAUGGGCACCUCUUCACCUCCAUCACCGUGUCGGGAAACACCCUGUGCUAUGCCUGCAACAAGAGCAUCAUCACCAAGGAGGCCUUCGUCUGCCCCACCUGUAACGUGACCAUCCACAAGAGCUGUAAGGACGUCCUGUCCUCUUGCACCAAAGUGAAGCAGAAGCAGCUGAAGGCAGCCCAGGCCAAGAACAACUCGGCGCUGCAGAAUGUCUCCCUGCGGCAGAAAGUUCCUCUGGGGCGCGAACGGCCCAAUUCUGCUGUCUAUCCAUCCGACAGCCUGCGUCAGUCAGCGCUGUUCCCCCAGCUGGGGUCCCGCCGCACACGAACUGCCUUCCAGUCUCUCUCCAAAAGUGUCUCCACCAACAAUAUCGGGAACCUGAAUGAUGAGAUGCCACUGGGAAUCCGGAAGAUUCUGUCGCAGUCAACAGAUUCUCUGAACUCAAGGAAUCGAGCAUUGUCGAUUGAGUCACUGAUCGACGAGGGCGCAGAGACCAUCUACCAGCAGCUGAUGGGUGACCUGGAGACGGACGAGAAGGACUUUGAGGCGGACUCGUGGAGCCUGGCCGUGGACGCCAGCUUCCUGCAGCAGCACCGCAAGGACGUGAUGAAGAGGCAGGACGUCAUUUAUGAGCUGAUCCAGACGGAGGUUCACCACCUACGGACGCUGAAGAUCAUGUCGGACAUUUUUCGGAAGGGGAUGCUGGAGGACCUGCAGAUGGAUAGCAGCACAGCCGAUGCCAUGUUCCCAGCACUGGACGAGCUGAUAGAAUACCACAUCCAGUUCCUGUCCCGGCUCCUGGAACGUCGGCGUGAGUCCCUCCUGGGCGGCAGCAGCAAGAACUUUGUUAUCACCCGGCUGGGCGACCUGCUGGUCAGCCAGUUCUCGGGGAAGAACGCAGAACUGAUGAAGAGAGCCUAUGCCGAUUUCUGCAGCCGACAUACCAAGGCCGUGAAACUAUACAAGGAGCUGUACACUCGGGACAAGCGCUUCCAGCAGUUUGUGCGGAGGAUGACUCGCUGCUCGGUGCUACGCAGACACGGUAUCCAGGAAUGCAUCCUUCUGGUCACCCAGAGGAUUACCAAGUACCCGGUCCUGCUGGACCGCAUCUUGCAGAACACGAAAGGAAACGAGGAUGAGCAGCGGGAGCUGGGCAGGGCGUUGGCGUUGGUGAAGGAGGUGAUUGCGUCUGUGGAUACCGAGGUGCACGAGUGCGAGCGGCGGUUCCGGCUCCAGGACGUCUGCAGCAGGAUGGACUCGCGGGCCUCGGCCGCCAUGCACAAUGGCCAACACUUCCAGCGUGAUGACCUCGCCCGCCGUAAGCUGGUGCACGACGGCUUUGUCCUCUGGAAGACUGCAACCGGCCGCUUCAAGGAUGUGCAAGUCCUGCUGCUGACCGACGUCCUGAUCUUCCUACAGGAGAAGGACCAAAGAUACAGCUUCCCUGCCCUGGACAACAAGCCAGCAGUGAUCCCCCUGCAGAAGCUGAUUGUGAGGGACAUCGCCAACCAGGAGAAAGGGCUGUUCCUGAUCAGCGCGGCUGCCCCCGUGCCCGAGAUGUAUGAGAUCCACACAGCUUCCCGCGACGACCGCAACACUUGGAUGAAGAUCAUCCAGCAGACUGUCAAUAUCUGUCCCGAGAUGGAACAUUUCUCCAUGGAGAUGAAGACCAAGGAGAUCUUGAGGGAACUCUCAGAGGAGAUCGGUCAGCGGGACCGCCGUGUGGCCGAGCUGCUGGAGGAGAAGGCAUCGCUGCUGCAGCAGGUCCUGCAGCUGAGGAACAGCGAGGACACGCCAGCCUCCGGCCCCCGACGCCUCUUCCGCUCCGAAUCCAUCGACCACCCUCGAGGGGAGCGACUCAUCACUGAGGCCAUCAGAGAAGUGCAGCGCAUGUCGGAGCUGAUGGUGAGCGUUUGUGGGAGUGUCGGUUCCAGCACGGACCAGGCCCUGGGGACUGAGAGCACAGGGGGGCCAGUGGGCAGCCCAGACACUGAGCCCAGUGUGAACGGCAGCCCCGAGCCAGGCAAGAACAGUGCACUCGGAGACACGGCACGGGACGGUAACGGAAAUCAACUGAAGUCACACAAUGAGGACCUACUACAGGGACUCUCCCAGUUGUCCAUCCUCCUCCUCUCUCUCCAGGCACUAGUGGUGAAGCAGGACACCCUGCUGGAGGAGCAGUGGCAGGAGGUGUCGGAGCAGAGGGAGCGGCUGACUCGGCUGAACUCGAGGGAGGGCGGUCCGGCCGAACUGGAGAGGCUGCGCGAGGAGCUGGCCGGCUUGAGACGGCAGCACGGGCUGCUGCAGGUGGAGUUCCAGAGGAGCCGGCGGGCCUGCGAGGAUCGGGGCCAGGAGCUGCGGGCGCUCGAGGCCCGGCUGCACGACUCCGAGAGGAGGCGGGAGCAGCUGGAGAGGGAGCAGGGCCAGUGGCUACAGGAGAGCCCCGGGCCCGAAGCCGAAGGGGAAGCGGAGGCCAAGGUCGUCCCCCGGUGCAAAAAGAGGGCCCAUACAAGGCAGUUCAGCCUGCCCUCUGCCCAUGCCGCCUGCCUGAGCCUCAGCACUGCACAGAGCACCAACCAGCGGCGGAGGAGUGCUGAUGAGUCAAGCCUACGGAUAGACCCUGAUUCUCAGGGCAUACCUGUCGCCUGGCCCAGAGACAGCGGACAGCCCGAGGGCCCCUGCCCUCUGUGGGACAGCGGCCCGCCUCAGCAGGAGGGCGAGGGCGGAGAGGGGCACAGGGAAGGACCAAGGACAGGCCAGAUCAGCCUAGACGAGGAGAGCGAGAGCUCGUCACUUUCCUCUGGCGAGGAGACCGCAGAUACUGAGCCGACACCAGAGGAUGCCACGCCUCGCCCCUCUUUCAGCUCACCCCCCAGCCUGGUGGAGGAGGACGACGACGAGUAUUACUGAACUCUGAGCACCCAGCCCAGAGCAGGGGCAGGGUGUUAGGUGUGGGGGCAGUAGCACCUUCCUGACCAACCCCUCCCUCCCCUGCUCUGUGUGCGCCCCCACCCACUCUAAGGGAGGAUCUUGUCCCCCCAGCGGGAUCAGGGCGGUAUUUCCCCAGGCCUCCACACGCCUGAUCUUAUUGAAAUAUUUUACCCCCCCUGCAGUGCAGGGUCACUCUCUCCUGCAGAUCCAGGUAUCGGACCCUCCCCCCGUUGACAUUUUUGGGGCUCUUGGCUGCCCUAUGGGAUUGAGGGAGAGACACAGGCCUUCAUCCCUGCCUCUGGCAAAGUGGGAUUCGCAUAGGGAGUUAACUACUCUCCCGGCUUCUGGCACGAAAGGAGAUCCUCUCCCCUCCACGCCCUCUCUGGGGGUCUGUGAACGUAUUGCCCCUAAGUUUUAUCAUUCCGAGACCUAUGCCAUUCACCUUUCCUAACUUCAGUCUUCCCCCCUCCCUGUCAUUUCAUCACAGAUGGUGGGUGGUUUCUCUGAACAAACGAGACUAAUUAGACCCCCUAAUAUUAUCACCUCCCAGCCCACUGCUCCCCUCUGAGCUUCCAUCCCACCCCCAGCCCGGCCUUAUUUAUAAGUAGGAAGCUGUGCACAAAUGGCUCACGCUAUGGUUUGAGCCCCCGGGCCUCCCCGGCAGGGCGCCCCUGCUGUGGGGAGGUCACAAUCACCGCGUGACCGAGAGGCUGGCGGCUCUUCCCUGUAUUCCGGAGGAUCAUUCCACGUUUUUUUUUAUUCUUAGUUGUUGUGUUCAACCAAAGAGCAGGCAUCGGGAAACGUUUCAAGGCCCCUCGGUCGAGGCAGCUGACCCGUGGGCGUUGGUCGGUGGGUGGGUGGGU